GCAGCGCGUCGUCCAGUGUUGAUGUGUCGCAGAUUUUAAAAAGUGAGGCAGACAGGCGUGCAGCUGGAGUUUGGAGCGAGCGCAGCUCUGAGGCUCACAGUGGAAGAGCGACGGUGGUGAAACUUUAACGGCGAUUCUCUUUCUUUUUUUCCACCCACCGCGUUGUUUUUUUAAUUUGCGCACUUUAAUUUAAACAGCACACUCACAUUUACACAGCACGGCGCGCGGCGAUGGAGCUGUCAUCGAUAGGAGACCAAGUGUUUGCAGUGGAGUCGAUAACAAAGAAGAGGGUGAGGAAGGGUAAUGUGGAGUAUCUGCUGAAAUGGCAGGGAUGGCCCCCAAAGUACAGUACUUGGGAGCCAGAGGACAAUAUCUUGGACCCACGUUUGGUCCUGGCCUAUGAAGAAAAUCAGGAGAGAAUCCGAGCUUUGGCCUAUCGCAAGAAAGGUCUCAGACCCAGGAGAGUCGUGCUUCGGAAUAUCUUUCCCAUGGACCUGCGCAGCACCAACAAGGUUGGAGAGAAGCCUCCGCCCCGGCUGCGUCUCUCUCUCACGCGCUCCAUGAGCACAGAUGUGGACCAAGGCGAGCGGAGCAGCAUAUACCAUCGCUCUAUCAUGAGGAAGAGCAAGCAGAGAUUGGCCAAACGGGGGCCCAUUGGACUCUCAAAAAAACCUGUCCGCACGCUGAGGAAGAGGGAGGAGGCCACUGAGGAGGACUGGAGCAGCAACAGUGAGGAGGAGAAGCAGGAGUCUGAGAGCACCACAGAGGAGAGACGAGAUGACAGUUUAUAUGGUCAGUCAGAGUGCAGCUCUCCACCUAUGCUGGAGCGACACGACUUGGAGAUUGAGGUGGAGGAGAAGGUGGACGGCAGCCUGACUCUGGUGAGGAGCUCAGAGACAUGGACCGACCUAUCAAAGGGAGGAACAUGUGAAAAAAGACAGAGCCAGACAUUUGUGUGUGACCAAUUAAAGAACGGCACCUCAGUGACUGUGGCCAGACCAGGAGAUGCGGUUACCGUGUGCGACAGGUCAGAGUGGGACACAGGUGAGGACGCCUUGAAAUCAGGGUCCAAAUAUCCCAGAUUAGAGCGAAAUAACACAACCACAGUGAUAGUAAGCAUUCAGGGGAGCAGUGAGACGGUGGGCACUGCCACCGCCACCUGCUCCACCGCUGAGGUGAGGAGUGAGGAGGUGGGAGGAGACAAUCAGAGUGUCACCGAGACAACACCAGGCAGCCAGUCCACUCCUGCUACUCCAGAGCGUCCUGGCAAGGUGAUCGUGACAGAUGUGACUAUCAACUCACUGACGGUGACUUUUAAAGAAGCCAUGGUGGCUGAAGGUUUCUUUAAGGGCUAUUGAAGGACGAUAAUGAGAAAUAAAAAACAAACCGUUAUUAUUAGACUCAUUUUCUACAUGUAAAUAGUCGUAUGUAAAAAAAAAAAAUUGAUUCCACAUUUACAAAACUACACUCAUUUCCUACUGAGUUCACUGAAGACAUUAUUGCCUUUGAAUAAUUAAAAAAAAAAUGAGUGGUGAUUUUUAUCAUUGUGGCUCAUUUAUAAGCAUGAACGUUCACCUAAGGUCUUGAACGAAAUUUGGUCAAACCAUCUGUUGCAAUAAAGUGAUCACAUGUCAGGUCUGACAUGGCGGUACAGCGGUCUUCAGUACUACAGUACUGUUACUAUAGUACUACAGUACUACUUCCAUGACACUACUUUUUCCAGUUGUCCUCAGUGCUUUCCAGGCAGAUGUUUCCAGGCCUCACACAAACACACACAGAUCUGUCCCAGGGCCUCGUUUUUUCAGUCACUCCUCUUUCUUACGAGUACCAUUUUGUAAAGAAACUGCUAUUUGUUUUUUUCAGUGCAGAACUAACCGCAUGACCUGUCAGUCUGUGCCACACACACACACACAAAGUUCUGUCCUAUGUCUUACUGAUGAGGUUUAUUUCUGUCACAAAAGACAUAAAACAAAGAGGUGGAAUAAAUAAAUGCCUGCUGCUUAGAUGAGGUUGUGCAUUUCAAGGAGGACGGAUGCACUAAAAGAAGUACACAGUUGUGUCUGCUGUCUUUUUACUGUACAAGUAUGAAAUGCUACCUGGUUCUAUUUUUGUAUUACCAAUUGAUAGUCAGCUCUUUUCACUUUGUGCGUUUCAGUAGCGUAGCUAUAUCAGUUUACACUGCCACUGUCGAUGCUGUGUAGGGUAAAACUGUACAGACUGUAUGUUAGAUCACGCUGUAGUAAAAGCUGUAUAUUAUUUAUUGCAUGUCACAUGUAUAAGCUAAACUAACUUAUGUCACUUUGGCGUGUGUGAAUAUUAUCUAACAAAGAUAACUCUUUAAAAAAAAUCAUUUUUAUUUUGAAUGCAUUUCCAAUAAAUAUGUACUAAAACUAAA